UUGUAUUAUACAUUUGUACAUUAGAUAUUCUUUAUAGCGAAUCUAAAGUUACGGAAAGAUACUUAUCAUCAUACAAAAGUGAAUUUGAACAUAAAGGAAUAUGGCGACUGCUGCUGAUCCACCACCUAUAGAGAACAAUGAAAAGACUGGGAAGACAGAUGAUGUUCCGUCAACAUCCAAAUAUCCGAAAGAAAAGAAAAUUGGACAUAGAAGAGUUGAUGCAACCACAGGUCAAACCACGUAUAAAAGGACACCUUCAUCUGCACUGAGUUGUGCCAUUCAACUUGGAAUCAGUCACACAGUCGGUGGAAUUAUUUCUAAACCAGAUAGAGAUGUUUUAUUACAAGAUUUUCAAGUUGUUGAAACAACAGCAUUUCCACAGGUUGGUUCGAACUUAACACCAGCACAUCAUUAUGAAGACUUUCGAUUCAAGACCUAUGCACCUGUUGCUUUCAAGUAUUUUCGAGAAUUAUUUGGAAUCCUGCCCGAGGAUUACAUGUUGUCAAUCAUGGCCAAUCCUCUCACAGAACUCUCAAAUCCCGGUGCGAGUGGAUCUCUAUUUUUUGUAACUCACGAUGAUGAAUUUAUUAUAAAAACAGUUCAACACAAGGAAGCUGAAUUUUUACAAAAGUUAUUACCUGGUUAUUAUAUGAAUCUUGUUCAAAAUCCUCGUACAUUGUUACCCAAAUUUUACGGUCUUUAUUGUAUACAAACCAGUGGAAAAAAUAUCAGAAUCGUUGUAAUGAAUAAUUUGUUACCAAGACAUUUAAAGAUGCACAUGAAAUUUGAUUUGAAAGGCUCAACGUUCAAAAGGAAAGCAUCAAAAGCAGAAAGAGCAAAGAGUAGUCCAACAUUCAAAGAUCUGGAUAUACUCACUGAUUUACCAGACGGUAUAACAAUGGAACAAGACAUCCAUGCUGCUUUCAUGAAAACAAUGCAGAGGGAUUGCUUGGUGCUACGUUCAUUCAAGAUUAUGGAUUACAGUUUAUUACUUGGAAUUCAUUAUAAGGAUAAAGAUAAGCUGCCAAAAGAAGACAAAGGCUCUCAGACAUUGGAUGGGAAUCCAGAGAAACGAAAAUCCAACGCAUCAGAAUUGUCUGAGGGCCCCGGUACAUUAGAAAAGAUGAGCUCAGUGCAUCCAAGACGAAGAGAUCCGUCCAAACGUAACACACCAACGGAUUCUAUUAUGUCAGCAACGUUACUUCGAGACAAAUACACAAAUGAUUUAGAAUUAUGGUCUGGAGGAAUACCAGCUACUUCAUCAAAGGGCGAAAGAUUGCUUUUAUUUUGCGGAGUUAUUGAUAUUUUACAAUGUUACAAGUUAAAAAAGAAAUUAGAACAUACUUGGAAAGCGAUGGUCCAUGAUGCCGACAGCGUUUCUGUACAUCGACCAGGAUUUUAUUGCGAACGAUUUCAGAAAUUUAUGUCAGAACAUGUUUUUAAAAAGGCACCAGGACCAAUCAAAGCGCAACCAACAAAACGACGAGCGCAAACUGCUCGUAGAAUAGAUGGUGCCGGUAGCGCACCAGUUAACCCAUCACCUCUCGCAAGAUCAAAAACAUCACCUGCGCAUAGUGGAAGCAAGAAAUUACAGAGUGAUCGUCCAGAUUUACUUCCAAGCGAAUCUCCUCGACCAACGUAUAAUGACAGUCAAGAAGAAGACAGUGAUACUCAAAGUGGACAUCAAAUUGUUGCAACCAGAACUCCACCUCGUAUGCAAAUAAGAAUGGAUGACCACUCAUCUAACUUCGCUAAUACGUCAUCAAGUCAAGGCACGUCGUAUCAGAAAGUGACGAACCAACAACCACAACGAUUAACAAGUUUUUCCACGAAUCGGUCAAAAGAAACUGAGUUAACAUCGACACCCAUCUCUGCUGGGACAUCUACAACAGUGGCACAAAGUAGUCAGGACGCAAGCGUAACGGCACCGGACCAGGUCAAAUUGCAAUUUGAUGAGGGAAAAGAAGACAAUCUGGCUGGCGGAGAUGCCUCGACGAAAAACAAGACCAAAAACGAUGUUGCACCAACAACAGAGGCUCAAACAACGAGUUUUAGCAUCUCAGAAGCAAACGAAUCAAAAUUAUCAAAUGUGUUGGAAGAAAACGAAACAUCAGUUCAAGAUGAUGAAGAAUCAGAGGAUACUGCGUUUUGAUUAACGAUCUAUAAUGAACUAAUAUUAUAAUUUAUAUUCUAACAAGAGUGGACUGGUAUUGAAGCCACUUUUUUUGAGUCUAUUUUUUAUCCGUGGCCUGGGCUUCGUAAAGGAUUGUUGCAAGAAAUUCUUGAAGCCAUUUCUGUGAUUGAUAAAUAUCAAUGGUUAAAAAUUGAACAUUUUGAAAAAGCCCCCAGUCUGGAGAACACCUAUUGAAACUCUUCCUGCUCUCUUUGGUUCCAUUUGAUGUUUAAUGAAGCAGACGUUUGAUCUGUUAAUUAUAAUAUUGGGUAUAGUAUAGCUGGUCAUGCCCAAAACAUUAUUAUAUUAAAAGGUAUAAGUAAAUUGCAUAAAAGAUUUUAUAAGAUAUUCAGUAAUUUAGCUGCACGCUGAAUCAUAUUGAUGUUCUUAGGAAAUAUUCUAGAGCUGUUGUUCUCGAACUUUUUAAGCCGCGCCCCCUUUUUAGAAUUUGUCAAGUCUUGCGCCCACCUUAAAAAUUAUUCUGAAAAUAUGUUGAUGGAGCAUAAAUAUCCAAAAUAAAGAAAUGUAAAUAUCCUAAUUAAUGCGGGCGAAAUCAAAUCUAAUUCA